GGUGUGUGUGUGUGUGUGAGAGAGAGAGAGAGAGAGAGAGAGAGAGGGGCGGCGUUAGACAAUACCAUUCCUCAAAAAUAUUCCAUCCCCUCCGUCCCUGAAGUGAGCCUUUAUUAGUCGGGAUCGUUUGGAUUUUAUCUCGCAUAUGACACUUGGUGGAAGAAAGACUGGAGGAAAAAAAGAGAGCGGAUUAUCUUUGAACUACCUUCCGAUCCGCUCAGUCCUGACACGGGAGAUCCGCGCUUAUCUCGCCCCUUCAUCUCCAUCUUCCACAGGCGGAUGGACGAGAAGCCCUGGCUGCACUUCCUCCACUAUCUGCCCAUCUCCUCUAUUGUCUCUCCAUUGCUGGGAUCACACGGGGGGGCUGACUGAUCCCUGCUCACAUCAUUAUUAUCUUUUUUUUUUGGCAAUCGACUGAUCACUUAUCAUCUGUGUAAGACUUCGGGACCGUUGACCUGCACACACAUGUCCCAGCUUGCCGUUUGACCCCAGCCCGCGUGAUUCCCAUGUUGCAAGUUCGCGGGUGAAAAAGUAAAACUUGUUCAUAUAUUUAUUUAAUUUAAUUAUUUUUUUAAUUUCCGGUUAGACUGAAUGCCCGUCAUCUCUUGAACCUCUGCUGAUUGUUACUGUGGAAUAUGAGUUAAUCUGGAGUUGAAGGCUCCGCUCAAGAGCGUUUUUUAGUUGGUUGAACUGAAGAUCUUUCCUCCCAACUCUUUAUCAAGGUUUCUUAAGGAGGAGUGAGUGCCAACAUCGGAGAAUAAAGAUGAUGCUGAGCCCGGACCAGGCGGAGGCCGACCUCUCCUGGACUCAGUCCGACCCGGAGUCCAUUCUCAACGGCCUCAAGUCGGCCGGCUGCACCUCGGACGAGCCGGCGGAGGGCGAGGAGCGGGCCAAAUGUAAAGGCGACCAGCCGCUGAGCAGGGAGGAGAAGAGGCGGAGGCGGAGGGCCACGGCCAAGUACCGCUCGGCCCACGCCACCAGAGAGCGGAUCCGGGUGGAGGCGUUCAACGUGGCCUUCGCGGAGCUGAGGAAAUUACUCCCCACUUUGCCCCCGGACAAGAAACUCUCCAAGAUCGAGAUCCUCAGACUGGCUAUAUGCUACAUCUCCUAUCUCAAUCAUGUGCUGGAUGUUUAAAAGUCACGUCACCCCCUCACCCCCCACCCUCCAUGAGAGAGAAAUGGUUUGGUUUGGGGUUGACAGGACUCAAGUGCACGCUGGGCGUCAAUCGGGUAUGGCAAGGUUGGCAGAUAGGGUCGGCUGUACCCGGCAUGCAGCUGGGAUUAUGUGAAGACGUUACUUUCACAUUUGUCAACUUCCUGGUGAAAAUGAGUCAGGGAUUUUAUUCUAGAUUUUUAUGUGACAAGUUAGGCCUUCAAAAUAAAAAAAAAUAAAAACCUGAACGGACAUUUUAACGGAAACAGGUUAUAAACACAUGUUUCAUCCCAGGUUUUAACUGCUGAUAGAAUAUAAAAUGACAAUAUCUGCUAACGGAUAUCGGUCUAACACCUGUGUCCCAUCUUACUUUGACUUCAGGGACUUCAAUUUACUCGCUGAGCUUUCAAUUAGCCUGCAACAAACUAAAAAAAACAGCUGACUUAAAAAACUAAACAAAAAAACAGCUGGCUGUGCCAAUUCAACAUUUAGAGCCAACAGGUACGAAACACCUUGUCCUACCAAAUGAAAGCCCCCUGUCCCCGGGUGCUGGGACUCUGCCAUACCUGCCCUUUGCCUGAGUUGACCCCCAGUGUGAGUCCAGUGGGGAUUUUGUUGGCGGCGGUGUAAAGUUGUUGAAAGCCUCUACUGUCAGUCCAGACCGCUCACUGAACGAAAGCAACAAGCGCCGAGUCGUUUGAGCUGUUAGAUGCAAUAAUGCGAAUAAUGAUUAUUAUCCGACAUACAGUGGGGGAGGAUGGGCCGCACGAGCCCCGCAGGCAUUCAUGUUGCCCUCCCAGAGGGGAUGUGGGGGGGGGGGGGGGGGGGGGGGGGGGGGGGGGGAAUUUGGGUUUCAGAGAAACUUUAAUUUCUACAUGAAAUCCCCCCACUACAUGAUAUUAAUGUCAUGAAUAUAGUCCAGUCCUCCCCUCACUGUAUUCAUUUGAGGUCUAAUAAAACAAACACUGGGGCAUUUUCGCAUCGAAAUGAAAGGAUGUAAACGAGAUAGCUGCUUUAGAUCUAGUUUAGGUGAUGUUUUCCGUAAAGGAAGAAAAAAAAAGAAGAAAAGUGCCACUUAUGACAUAUAAAAUUGUGACCUUAAUCAUUUUUUUUAAAAGUGUAUGGAAUUAUUUAUUUAAUUGUAUUAAUAUUUACGGCUAAUUUAUUUAUGUUGAUAUUAUAGGCAGGCGUCUUUUUGUAUAAAUGUAUAUUGUUUCGUUGCUUCUAUAUUUUAGGCUGUGAAAUUGAAAAUGGAAAGUGAUGGUGUUCUACUCUUAAAAAAUGGCACUUUCUGUUAAUCCAUAACUUAUUCGUUUGAUGUAGCCUAUAUUUGAUGUAUGUCAUUAUCUUUGGUUUUUUCACUGUCACUAUUGCCUAUCAAUAGCAACGAUAAGCACUUCCAGAUGGGGUUCAAUGGCCCCGUGCAUCUUUAUUUCCCUAAACUGUUGUGUUGCUCGAGGAACAAGAAUUGGGCUUUCUAAAAAAAUAAAUUCAUUAAAUUAAAACAUGACAGAAUAAUGGAAUCAUAUGAUUAUGUCAAACAGUUUCUACCACCAAGGGGUUAUCAUGCGAUUAAGAAGCGAACCUCUUUUUUGCUGUUACCAAAAAUGAAUAUUAAUAAUUUCGAAAAUAGACUCAAUUUAUUCUCUUCAAUGUUUUGAUGUUAUGUUUUGGAUUUAUUUAUUUGUGUCUGCUUUGUAUUACUAUAUUCAAUAAGUAAUUUUAUAGUGAAGAAAAAAAACAAAACUAUCCUCUAUCCAAAGAUUUUUUGUCUCUUCAGGGUUGUGUAGGCUACUUGUUGCUUUAUGCAGAUCUUUUGUAGUAGAGGUGUCGUGUGACAGCUGGUUUCUAAUGGACAAACUUUUCAUAUUUUCCGGUGUUAUUUUUAAUUAAAACGGAAAUACUUGAAA